CGACACAAAAAAAGCGUCCGCAAUUUAUUUCUCGACGAAAUCUGGAUGAAUAACGCCACAAAAUGUGGAUUUUUGGCUACGGGAGCCUAAUAUGGAAGGUCGAUUUUCCAUUUAAAAGAAAGUUGACCGGAUAUAUUAAAGGUUUCGCCCGACGGUUUUGGCAAGGAAGUGAAGAUCAUCGAGGAAUACCCGGAAAGCCAGGACGUGUUGUCACAUUAGUUUCAAGCAAUGACCCAGAGGAGUGUGUGUGGGGUGUGGCUUAUGAGUUACCAGAAGAUGAACACCAGGAUGUGAUUAAUCAUUUGGAUCACAGGGAAAAAGAUGGCUACAAGAAGACAGUGGUCACGUUCCACCCUAAAGAAACUAAUUUCGAGCCGUUCCAACUCCAUCUUUAUCUGGGAAGUGAAGAAAACCCAUUCUUUCUUGGACCAGCUGAUCCAAAAGAUAUCGCUCACCAGAUAUUUUCUGCUGAGGGCCCAAGUGGACAUAACAAAGAGUAUCUGUUUAACUUGGCUGAUUCUCUGAGAAAACUUGUGCCUGAAGCUAGAGAUGAUCAUCUUUUUGAACUCGAUCAAGAAGUCAGGAAACUUUGUACAACUGAUGGACAGAGGUCAUAAUGUUGAUCGAGUUCUACAAACUGCUCAUACUAUAUAAAAGUGUAGUUGUAAGAGAUUUUUCCCAGACUAAAUGAAUUCUCGGUCUGACUUAGACACUAACUUUAUUUAUUAAAAAACGGCUCAAGUUUUAGGUGAAUCCGUUAUAUUGUGGAAGCGAAUACCAUUCCAUUCCAUUUCAAUGCAGUGUACUACACAAGUACAUUGUGGUACAUGGUAUAAAAAAACAGUAGUUGUAGUCAUAGUGAGAUAUUUCCUUGUCUGAAUGAAAUCCUAGCCUGAAUUAGUCACUUCAUUAUUACUUUAUUUACUUAUGUUAAUAUAUUGUUUUAGUGUUCAGUGUGGCUAUUCUUAUGUACCAUGAUGGCUAUUGCAUGUGCGUUAUGGAUAUUCUGGACCUGGCAUUUCCUUUACUGUGUACUGAACCAGCUCAAUAACAAUAAACUGCAUCAUGUACAUUUAUACAAAAUGUGUCUGGCCAUGGUGGCAAUUUUACUACUCAGACAGUCCAAAAAAAAUGCAAUACAUGUAUUUAUAUGUCUUAGAGAAAUCAUUAUUACAGUUUCUUUUGAAAAGCUAGAUGAAAUUGGCAUUGGUACAGUCAUGUAAGUGAGCUGAGCGCAAAAUGAAAACAUAAUUUUUUAAAUCAUUCUUCAACUGAAAAUGGCAGAGUUACAUAUUCAUAACUGUGCGUAUGUGACUGACUCGCACAUAAAAUUCGCCUACAAGAAAUAGUUUACAGCCACGUAAGAAUAGCCACAGUGAUAGGUUGUUAACUUUAUCUGUGAGUGUGAGCUGUUUUUGCUAUCAAUAGUCAGUAUUCUGUGGUAUUGAGAGUAGAAAGUAAUCUGUUUUGAUGUUGUUGGGAUCUCAACACGCAUGAAUGUGGUUAGCAUCUCUUAUAUAUUACGCUUUAAUCCCAUUUAUCAAAACUGCUCUUUUAUUAUGUUUUAAACCCCAUUUAUACAAAAUGUCAUUUAAAAUUUAAAGAUAUAGUAGUUUCAAUGGUUGCCCAGGAGAACCAACUAGUUGACUUUAUACUGAGAGUGAUGUUCAUGUUGAUUCAAGCAGGUCUUCCAGCUGGUCUAACCUGGGAAGGACCUAGCAGGAUGUGUGCAUCUAAACUUUCUUGCCUCAUUCUCAUCUAGGUAAAAAGCUGAGUCUCCUGGGGGCUAUUUAAACAUGUAAAAGAAUCAACUGUGUGAUUUGUUAUUAUUUUAAAAUUCUAAACCAGAAGUGGCAAUGCAGACUUCUAGGGUAACUGUUACUGAUACUGUUUUGUUGGUGUUGGAUAUCUUUGCAUGUGACCACCAUAAAUAUUUUAUUUGUCUAUUAUCAUUUCAUAUAUACUUUUGGUGCCAGAAAUCGGAAUUCAUCACUCAUUAUCCAGAAUCCAAAUGGUAAAAAGAAUCAAAAGUCUUGGUGCCUUGGUUUUAUUCGUGUGAAAGACUAUGAUAUUUUCAGGUAUAUCAUUACACAAAUAGUCAGGUGGUGACCAACGGUUACCUCACACACUUAAGCUUUUUUCUGUCCUCAGGUACCAGAGAACACCAUGCUCAAAUGUGCACAUAUAUCACAAAACCACUCAUGUGUGGAGACCUGACCUGAGAGAAAUAUAUUGCUGCAAUUCUGUACUUUAUUUAUCAUUAAUUUAUGAUAAGAAUUAAAAGUCAUGCUUGGUGCCUUGGUUUGAAUGGCUAUAUACCAUUUCACGAACAGGGAGCGGUUCCUUGUGUUGGUGUGGUGGUGUUGCUUUAUGUGUCAGGUGACUGAGUAUAUUCGUAAAGAUGCUCUCUCUAUGUGUAUAUAUAUAUAUAUAUAUACUUCGGUGCCAAAACCAAAAGAUUUCCCCGAAAGGUUCAUUCAAACUUCUGUGAUUUAUGGAUAAUUUUACUGUCUCAUGAUAUUUGUGUGUAGAUUAUUUGUAUUUAUUUGAAUAAAUUUAACAUAUAGUGACA